AUGAGUACGUCUAACAUAAGAACUGUAUGCUGGGUUAUAGCUACAAUAAAUAAUAACAGCGCUCGUCAUAAACUCAACUUUCAAAUUCAUGAUAAAGAGAUGGAUGCAAUUAUAACUAACGCUUUAAGAAACCAAAUUUCUGAUAGGACUCUUUCAAAACUCUACACCUUAUUGAAUAGGAGUCUAUCAGAUACAUUUGAAGGAUUUUUUAAAAGAAAUCCAAUUUGCUAUAAUUUUAUUCAGACAAUAGAAAGAGGAUUACCCGAAGUAUCAACUGAUCUUAAAAAUAUUCUUUUUGUUCAAAAAAAAGAGUCUAAAAUAAAAGAAUCUAUUUAUGAAGGUGAAUAUAAAUUAAUUUCCAGCUUUAAUGACAAGCAAGUCUUAUGCUUAUUUGAUGAUCUGUGGUUUGAUUGUAGCAGCAAAGAAGCAAAACUACUACUAAAAGGACAGUUGAAUUUCGUUUGCCCAACAACUUUGGUUUAUUUGAGAGUGAAAAAAUCUUUGAUGGAUCACGAUAUUAAAAUAGCAUCUGAGAAAAGCCAAAGAGUACAAAAAUUGCUAUCUGAUAAUAGAGUAAAAGAACUUUACAGUAGAAACGCUUCAGCAGAGCGUACAGCUCCCUCUUCUAAAAAUCGGUUUAAAUCUCCUGAUCCAUUUCCAAGUGCGUUCAAUCAUAAAACGUCUGAUAUAAAAUCAAAAAUAUUAGAAAAUGAUGAAUACAAUAGUGAAAAGUACACAGAAAUAGAAGGAGAGAAUAAGCUGAUAGGCAAUCAGCCUGGUAAAAAUACUUGUUGUGACGCUGAAAAAGAUGAUUUAAAAAUAAAAAUAUUAAUUGAGAAGUCCUUAGCUGAAGUGGAGGCAAGGUUAAGAAACGAAUUUGAAUCGAAAAUCCAGAAAAAUUCAGAAAUAUAUAGAAAUGAAGAGCCUUUAAGACAUCAGCAAGCCAAUAAAGCUAAGGAAGAUUUAUUAAACUUUAUAAGCAAUUAUUCUGACAUGCAUCAGGAAAUAAUGAAAAAAGCAGAAGUCACGUUUAUAAAUUUAGAAAAAAAAUACCUAGACUUAUUCCAGCUGUUACCAAAUAUAUUAAAGCCACUGGAUAAAAAAUUCAAAAAUUUUGAUUCUAAAUUAAAACAAUUUGAUGACCCAAAGAAUAAUAUAGAUCCAGACGCAAUUAUUGAGAAAGCAAGAAAAAAAGCAUAUGACGACCUAGUAUCAAUUAAUAAUCAAAGUUAUGAACAGUUUUAUAAUGAGUAUAUAAAACCAUUGGAUGAAAAAUUCAAAAAUUUUGAUUCUAAAUUAAAACAAUUUGAUAUCCCAAAGAAUAAUAUAGAUCCAGAGGCAAUUAUUGAGGAAGCAAGAAAAAGAGCACAUGACGACCUAGUAUCAAUUAAUAAUCAAAGUUAUGAACAGUUUUAUAAUGAGUAUAUAAAACCAUUGAGUAAAAAAUUCAAAGAUUUUGACUCUAAAUUAAAACAAUUUGAUGUCCCAAAGAAUAAUAUAGAUUCAGAGACAAUUAUUGAGGAAGCAAGAAAAAGAGCACAUGAAGAUUUAGUAUCAAUUAUUGAUCAAAAUUAUAAACAAUUAUAUAAUUUGUACCUUGAAAUAAAACCAACGAAAGAAUCAAAAAUUUCAGAAAAGAAUAUUGAAAUUUUAAAAGUUGAGAUAAAUAACCUAAAAGAUAAAAUAAGCUCAAUUGAGCUCAGAUUAGAGCCAACUGAUGAAGAUGAAAUGCAAGCUAGACUUAUUGAAAUCGAAAGAAGCUUAAAAGAAUAUAUCGAUAAAGAGAAAAAGAGUAUUAAAAACGAAAUAAAUGAAGUAAAAUCGAAUUUUGAAUUUCCAUAUAGUUAUUUUAAAAAGGAAAAUGAUACAAAAAUAAAUGAUUUCAAAAGAGAUAUUGAAGAAAUAAAGUAUCAAAUUAAUAGCAUUGGUAAACUAUCUGAAACCAAUAAAUCUGAAACCGAAAAGCUUAAGACUCAAAGUAAUGAUUUAAAUAAGAGAUUGGGGGAUUUGAAAUUGCAAGCUGAUAAUUUCAUCGAAAAUAUACUAAAAAGCAAUAAUAUUAGAAAGGAGGAAAUAUCUGAACUAGCUAGUAGCCAAGAAUUAACAGAUAAAAAGCUUAAAACAAUUGAGGAAGAAAUAGAAAAAUAUAAGUCUGAAAUUUUCAGACAAUCUGCUAUUCGUUCAAAUGAACUUCAAGCCGCAUAUCAGAUGCAUGACCAAACAGUGAGUCUGCCAUCAAGACAAAAUAUAAAUUCUCAAAAUUAUCAAGAAUCUAAAAUUCAAAGACGGCCUAUAAACACUCAGGCUCAAACUCUACCAAUAAAAUCUCAAAUUUAUAGCAAAUCAGGCUUGCCAAAUAUAGGAAAUACCUGCUAUAUGAAUUCUGUCAUACAAAUAUUAGCAAGCACUCUUGAAUUUACAAAAUCAAUAAGCAGCAAUCAUAGCAGUCAAUUAUUACGGAGCCUACAUUCAGUUAUAUCAUUAAUGUAUGCUAACACUUCAGAAAGUGCACUAAGGCAGCAUAUUAGUGAAUUUAAAGAUAUAAUUUCAAGAGAAUGUUCGAUGGUAAUAUUUAUUUAGUAUGUUGGAAGGUCUCCAAAUGAUUCUAAAGAGCUAUUUUUAAUCAUCUCAGAUAAUAUUGAAGAUGCAAAUCCUUUUACAUUGGUUAAAAGACAAGCUUUUAUAUGCCCUAUCAAUCAUAGAUCAUAUACCGAAGAAUCUUCAAAUUUUAUAAUUAUUCCAAAAAAUUAUCAAAACAAUAUUAGAGUAUUUUUAAACAAUAUUGUUGGAGAAAAGAAGGAUUUUUAUGGGCAAAAUCAAUUAAUGUGCGAUGGAUGUGGAGAAUUGAGAAAUAUAAUUCUGGAAACUGUAGAAGUUAAUUGACCAAAUAUUUUAACAAUUUAUAUGCCUGAUUACCAGGGUUUUAAUGAAAUCCCAGAUGAGUUGCAGAUUGGAUAUAAGACUUAUCAAAUUUUUGGAGUAAUAUGUUAUUAUGGGUUUCAUUACAUCGCAUUUACUAAGGAUAAAAAUAGCGAAUGGGAGAAAUAUGAUGAUAAUAGAGUCAGCAAAAAUGACCCUGAUUGGGAUAAACUUUAUCUUUCAUUUUAUAAGAAGAAAGAAUAUCAUUAA